AUGACUCCAAAACUACGCAAAAGCAGCAAAAUCUUUGUUAAGCCCAACUGUACAAAGGCCUUCCGAGCCGCCCAAAAUAAGGAGGUGGACCGGUGUCUGAUCGAGCCGUAUGGGCGCAUAUCGAAGAUUUGUGAUGUCGACCCCUUUUUCGAUGUUCAACACAAUGCGAAAAUCAGGGCAGUCAACUUUGUGGCCGGUGAAAUGGAAGCCUCCGACGCAAUCAAUGAUGAAAAGGCCACUGAUGCUGUUGCAAGAGGCUCAAGCAAGUCAAGCAAACGGACUGGAAAAUAA